CAUACCGAAUCGAAGGUCAAUUGGCAAGUUGCAUGCUUGGACCGUCCUCGACCAUGGCCGCUGUACUCGGACUGGAUAGGAUAGAAACAAUCCCAACGAUGGGAAGAUGAAUGGUUUGUUGAGACAAGCUAUCGUUGGAACACUGAGAACACGUAGUCGUAUUGCAUGCGCAGGGCAGUGUGCUAACAUGACAAGCAUUGCGGUCUUUCCGCCGUCUAGUUUCAUAGACGACACUGUGUCCGUCGUAGUCAGUGGUUUGGCACCGAACACUCGCGUUAGCUUACGGUUAAGUGUGCAGGAUAGAGACAAGGUUUUCCAAGCCGUGGGUCAUUUUGAAGCAGAUCGGGAUGGUAAAGUGGACCUCAACACCCAGCAAUCACUGGGUGGUAGCUACACAGGUUUGGAACCCAUGGGGUUGUUUUGGAGCCUCGGCCCUGCACCAGGCCAAAAGAGGGGUAUUCGCCUGGCAAAGCAAGACGUCACGGAACCUGUCGAGUUCACCUUUGCCGUGUACAAUGAGCAUUUGGAGUUGCCGUUGCUCAUCACAGCACAACCACUGGCCGUCACUCAAACACGGAGAUGGUACAUGAAGGAGAGUGAAGUGGACAGAAUCAAGAUACACUCAGGGAAGAUCCGAGGAAUUCUCUAUAAACCAAAAGGACCAGGUCCAUUUCCAGCCGUGAUCGAUAUGUUUGGUCUAGCAGGUGGAGUCAUUGAAUACCGGGCAGCUAUGCUGGCUUCCAAGGGAAUCGUCGCCCUUGCUCUUCCCUACUUUAGUUACGAGGACCUGCCUCGGUCUUUCCAUCAUCUGGAGUUUGAAUACUUUGAGGAGGCAACUGCCUGGCUAUCCUCGCAAUCCUUCGUGUCUCCCAAUGCUACAGGUAUUGUAGGCACAUCCUUUGGAGGCUGCAUAGCUCUUGAAAUGGCUGCAAGACUUCCCCAGAUAAAGGCAGUUGUUGCUACUUCAUGCCUUCCAUUUUUUAAAACGCUCCUCACGUACCGCGGGGAAAGGAUGCCUUCUUCACAUCCGCCAGUCGAUCCACAGAAAGGCUACAUGAGCAAAGAAGGCUUUGCGAUGAAAGAAAUGUUUACGGAGGACGUCUGUAACUUACCCGACGAGGAACUGAUCGAUAUACAGAACUCGGAGGCACGUUUCCUUUUCGUCCUUGGGGAGGACGAUCAAAAUGUCCCCGCCGCAGAGGGCGCCAGACGGACGGUGCAGAAGAUGCAGUCUCACAAUAAGACUAACUACGAGUUGCUGAGCUACAAGGGGGCGGGGCAUCUUCUGGAACCCCCUUUCCAACCUGCAGGCAGAGGGAUCUAUAAUGCUCCACUGGACCACGUGCUGGAUUUCGGUGGAGAGAUGAAAGCACACGCUCAUGCCUGUCAGGAUGUUUGGUCUAAGACGCUUUCCUUCUUGAGAAGACACCUAAUGACCACUGAAGGAGACGGACAUCGACGAACAUCAUCGUCAAGAAAUAGCAAGCUUUAAGCUCUGGUGAACUUAAACGUCACAAAUGUGCAGGACUGGUGACAUUUUUAAUCAUCAUAUUUUCAAAUUACUCUCGUUAUGGUUUUUCUAUUUUGGGCGUUAGCAACUGUCAGAAUUUUUUUUGUUAAUUUCAGUUGUGUUUGCUUCUAACGCACGACGAAGAUGCCCCUGAUAUUUUUGGCGGUUCAGGGCCCUUUAAAGCAUCUUUUGUUUUAGCAUCUUUAAAGCAUCUUUUUGUGCAGAAAAUUGGUUUUCUGAAAUGUCAUGCUCUGUCGCUUCUCUCAUCCGCAUGUCCGCAUAAAAAAACACCAGUCUUCAAUAAAUUACACUGAAAACAGCAUGUCAAAUCAGAUAUUUUAUUUUACAGCAUGGGGGCGUGCCUAGCAUCAGCUGCUGAAUGUAUUGUACAACCAGAACAUUCUUGAGGAAAACGUGUACAAUUUGCCAUAGAUCUGCAUGUUAACAGAACGGUGGCCCACAACUGUCACGGCAAAAGCAAAUUCUCCGCGGCAAAAGCAAAUUCUCCGCGGCAAAAGCAAAUUCUCCGCGGCAAAACAAAAUUCCCCGCGGCAAAACCAAAUUCGCCGCGGCAAAACUUUUCCUGGCCCCGCGGCUGCAUGGCAAUGUGAGGCUGCGUCCGAAUGUUUCGGCUGUGGCCGCUGGCUGCGUC